UUUCGAAAUGUAAACGAAAGAUUUGAAAAUCGUUUUGCUACUGUGCUUUGCUUGGGAUUUUAACUUAAAUUCCGAAAUGUGACGUGUUUAUUCAAGACACACGUGUUUUAAGAUAGCAUAUAUUGAGGCGAAUAAUGGCUUUUGAUAGUAAUACGAUUUGUAAAGAAAAGAAUAAUUUUGUUGAGGGUUCAAUUUUGGACACAAUAAUUUCAAAAACGAAAGAUAGUGUAAAGGCUCCAGAAAUUGAAGACUUUGAAAUCAUCAAACCAAUUAGCAGAGGAGCUUUCGGGAAGGUGUUCCUUGGGUGUAAAAAAAAUGCACCUGAUAACUUGUAUGCUAUAAAGGUGAUGAAGAAAUGUGAAAUGAUAAACAAGAAUAUGGUCAGCCAGGUCGUCACGGAACGCAAUGCCCUGGCCUUGUCCAGCAGCCCCUUCUGUGUGCAGCUCUUCUACUCCCUGCAGUCACCGUCGUGUGUGUUUCUGGUGAUGGAGUACAUGGUUGGGGGCGACCUGAAGUCCCUGCUCGGGACGUACUCGUACUUCGAGGAGCCCAUGGCGGUGUUCUAUGCUGCGGAGGUCAUCCUGGCCUUGCAGUACCUGCACGCCCACGGGAUCGUGCACCGCGACCUCAAGCCUGACAACAUACUCGUCUCCGCUCAGGGGCACAUCAAGCUGUCGGACUUCGGCCUCAGCCGCAUCAACCUGCAUAGAGAUCUGGAGAUGUCAGACCUCAUGAACUGCACGCCAACCACGCUGGUCAGCCGCACCCCUGGGCAGCUACUGUCUCUCACAUCACACCUUUCUUUUGGUUCGGGGAACAAUUACCCGUGUUGGAUGGCACUGGACAAGGGCAGCUCGUCAUCAAAUUCCCCAAGCAAAGUGUUUUUGGAGAAGAACGAGGACAUGUCGCAGCACAGCGAGGUGGGGUGGCCGACCUCCCCUCAGCCAAUGAGCAUAUCCUGCGUGUCUAGCGACCCGGCGCUCUCUCCGCCCGGCUCGGCUCAGGUGAGCCCCCUCGCCGGCCGCCUGGGCGACGGCCCCAGCCCCACGGCCUUCAAGCGGCCUGGCGCGGCCGGGCGCAAGCGGGCGGUGUCGGCCGACGGCUCGCCACGGGCGACCGGCGUCACGCAGGAGCUGGUGCUGCUCGACAUCACCAACACCUACAGCAGCACGCCGCUGAAGCGCCGCCGGGCGACCAGCCCCGUCAAGAAGGGCGUGCUGAAGAAGCGGGGCCUGGCGCGUGACACAGGGGAGGCACCCCACAUGUUCUCCACCCCCGUUUCCAGUCUGGUGAAGACCACCCGCUUCGACCUGCCCGACAGCAUAGUCAUCACCCCUCCCAGCGGUCUGGGCGAGGCACAGCAGGGGUGUGGGCUGUUCAGCCCUAUCAUGCCGGCUGGCUGCCCCGCCCCAAGCGCACAGUUCCAGACCCCGAAGGCGGUGCGACUGGGCAAGCAGGCCAGCGACCAGCGGGUCCUCGGCACGCCCGAUUACCUCGCCCCGGAGCUGUUGCUGCAGCAAGGACACGGAUCAGCAGUUGAUUGGUGGUCACUCGGGGUCUGCCUUUACGAGUUUUUGAUGGGGUUCCUGCCCUUCAACGCGGAAACCCCUCAAGCUGUGUUCAACAACAUUCUCAAAAGAGCCAUCCCGUGGCCGAGCGAGGACGAGUGGGAACUGUCGAGCGACGCCCGGGCGGCCAUCGACGCGCUGCUCACGCUGGACCCGCUGCAGCGGCCGAGCGGCGGCCAGGUGCGGGGCAUGCCGCUCUUCUCCGGCCUCGACUGGAGCAACCUGCUUCGUGCUGAGCCUCCCUUCGUCCCGCACCCGGACAGCAGCGCCGACACCUGCUACUUCCAGCGUCGCAACAUCCUGCAACAGUUGAAUGUUUCCAACAUAGAGUUUUAACAACCUCCAGCUAAGCCUUGUUGUAGAGAAACAUGAGCUUGGUGAUAUGUUGAUCCUCUUUUAGUUGAAACAAAUUUAUUUGCUUGUAAAAUAUAACUAAUUAAAAUUUUAAUUCAAGAGUUCUUCUGUUGUGCUAUAGGAACAGAUGUGAUUUGUGUGUGUCUAGUCUCAAAAUAGGGUGCUUUUAUUAUUACACAUUCUAGUAAGCAGGGAGAAAAUUGCGGAGAUUGCAGCAAAAUGAUGGUAUUGAAUUCUAAAAGUUUUUAUGGAAAAAAAAAUUGUCGGUAAAAACUUUAUAAAAAGUCUUGAGCACACCUUAUAAGACCAAGUACAUAAAUGUGUGAGGUAAUGUUUUCUCCAGUGGGUAGUAUAAUCUUAGGAAUGUACUAAAUUGUACACUUUCAUGCUUUUCCAUUUCUUUCAAAGUUGGAACUAUAGAAUUUUUUGCUCCUUGUGAUUAACUUUACAAAAUAUUUAAUUGUUUUUAUUUUUUUAUUUAUUGCUUCACUUACCUGUAUGUAGUAUGUAUGUUGUGACCUAUCACUGUAGCUCUGUGAUAUGUUCCCAACGUUCUCAAUGGCGUGACUUCAUUUGGGGAGUAGUGAAACUUGUUGUAAAAACUUCUAAAAGGACCAGAAAAUGUUUUGUUAAAUAUGUACCAAAAGAGUUGUACUUUUUAUGGUUUUACACAUUUGAUGUAUUUUAUGGGAUAAAUAUUUGCAGUGUUAAAUUAGCAGCGAAAUUUUUACAGUAUUUGUAAAAUAAAUGCCGAAGUCAAAAAUA